UUCAGUAGCAGCAACAGCAGCAGCAACCUCCACCUCCUCCUAUCUCUCAGUCUUGGUUCCGUGGGUGUCGAAAGAGGAAGGGAACUCGUUCGUCGUCGACUUCGGAGGAGGAGGAGGAGGACCUUUCCAGUCUCCUGACGAAAACUGAAUUGAAAAUGAAUUCUUAAGCAUGUCAGUGAUUUGGAAUUGGUAACCGCAGCUGUGAACGGACAUUGGAAAAGAACAUUUGCAUAAAAUAUAGCAGCCGAGAAAGGAGAACCGACACUCGGCAAGUGUUGUCUCGAGAGCAACUGGUUGGUUAGUGAGCAGGUGUUCGCGUUACUCUUCCAUCUCUCAUUCUACAUCAUCUCGCUUCUCCGAAGACGUUUAUCGGCAAGUGCGCUCCCUAGACAGUGUUAACGUGCUCCCACCCCCCGCCCCCUUGAGAGAGGGAGCUGAGGGGGCUGAGGGUCCCUCUGUGUGCUUGUGAGAAGUGACCCUCGGCCGGCGAGCCCCAACACAAACCACGUGCCACUCCUUUUGUCUUUCUCUCUCGCGUUGCCUCUCCCUCUCCUUCCCUCAUCUUCGUCGGCUUUUCUCUCUCAUGACUCGGUUGCUCCUUCGCUACUGUCGCUGACCUGCUCUCGCAAGCAGACAGACACCGGGGCAAAAGCAGGAAUAAAAGGGGGAAAGUGUCUCUUGUUCUGGCGGAUUGGACGGUGUAUGAACUUUCACCAUGAAUUUCUUGCCUGAUAUAAAGAAAAGAGUGAAGAAAGGAGGUGGGAGCCGUACGUUACCUUCAGCAGGUGGAACCCCUACCCAUGGAGUUGAUAGUCCAAGUGGGGGGAGAGGAGGCACCCCCGUAGAUCCAUCCGAAGCCAUUGGCUGGGCAGUCGUCAAAUAUAAUUACCAAGCUCAACAAAUGGAUGAACUCUCCUUAGUUAAAGGUACAAGAGUGUUAAUAUUAGAAAAAAGCAAUGAUGGCUGGUGGAGAGGUCACUAUAACAACUUGGUGGGAUGGUUUCCCUCCAAUUACACCACGGAAGAGCCUUCGGAAGAGGAUCAUACUUACACUAUGGCCGAAAAUGUACUUGAUGUUGUAGUUGCACUUUAUUCCUUUACUGCACAAAAUGAACAUGAAUUAUCAUUUACGAAAGGAGAGAGGAUGGAGGUCCUGGAUCGGCCUCCAUCAGAUCCUGAAUGGUAUCGAGCUAGGAAUACUCAAGGCCAGGUGGGUCUAAUUCCUAAGAAUUAUGUUCAAGAACUCCAUGAAGUUGUAGACACCAGAGCGUCUAGGUCAAGAGAGCCCUCACAAACUCGACAGCUACCGCCUCCAGCUCCAGCCAACAAUGUUCACCCUCCAUCUACAAAUGGUGGGGCUCACAAUGCUGAGACUCACCUGGCACAGGGGAUGCAGGGUAUGAACAUCAAUGCAGCUGCUCCAGCUCCUGUAAUGCCUCCUGCGCCUCACCAGCCUGUUAGUGGCGUUCCUCCGGAUAAGGGCCAUUUCACUACUAGAGAUUGGUACUAUGGACCAAUUACUCGAGCGCAGUGCGAUGAUAUUCUCAACCAGCGGGGACGAGAUGGAGAUUUCCUCAUUAGAGAUUCUGAAACAAAUGUUGGUGACUUCAGUGUGUCGUUAAAAGCAUCAGGCCGCAACAAGCAUUUUCGGGUUCAUGUUGAAAAUGGUUUGUACUGCAUUGGACAACGAAAAUUCCAAACUCUGGAUCAACUAGUGGACCAUUAUCAGCGGUCGCCUAUCUACACCAGUCAAAAAGGAGAGAAGCUUUAUCUGAUACGACCUAUGCCCAAGCCAUGAAUCUUUUAACUAUGGUGACUGAAGUAUGUAAAGUUCUUUAAGACAUAUUUUAAGGAAAUUUCCUCAUGCAUUAUUGUGUAAAAUUUACACGUGGUUGCUAAAUACUCUUCUGAAUUAUGAGAAAAAAAAUUGAAACUGUCCAGUUGGCAAUGGAAUAUUGCCUGAGUAGUUCUUCCUUCAUAAAUUUAGCAAAUAAAAUGGUUUAUUUACCAUUCAAGUCCUAAUGUGAUUUAAAUAAUUUACUUUUAUACCUUCAUAUGCAUUAGACAAGAUUAGAUUUUCAUUUGAUGGCUGCUAGAUUUCAAUUGGCACCUGCAGUAUCAUUAACCUCAAGAUCAUUUUAUCUCCAUAAAAUCAUGAGGUCAUUGAUGCUAUAAACAGACUUUUCCACAAUACAAUCUUAGUAUGAAACAUGUUUGUUUUUUACUUUAAGCUCUCUUACUAAAAAUGAAAUCAUCUCUUCUUUGUCAUUGAGAGGUGAAACGGUUAUAAAAAAUUUCAUAGUUUUUCACGUGUACUGUAUGUUCAGAGAUAUUUGAGGAUUGUCUUGAAUUCUUUAGAACACUUUGAUACAUUUCCAUGGUUUUCUAACAGUUUUCAGUGCAUUAUGCUGUAAUUUAACAGUAACAUUGUAAUUACAAGGUUGCUUAAAUGGUAAUCUCAAGAACUUCGGUGUUUUUUAUUUGAAGGAAAAAACUAUUUAACACAUCUUUAGUUUGCUAAACCAAAAGUAAUUCCUAAGUAGUUACUUGAUUUAUUGUUGCCACAGAAAAAUGCUUGAAAAUUUUGAGUGACUAUUAUAAGUAUGAUAAAAUGUGGAAAAACAUAGCUGAAAGCUCCUCAUUCCUGGAGCUCUCUUUCGUACAUGUCAUGAUAGACUAACGGCCAUUCCUAACGUACUGGAGUCAUAUGAAUUCAGUCCAUGUUUUUAUUAGUUAUAGUGAACAUUAACAUUGUAGAAUCUGCUGCCUCCUAUGUAAAAAGAAGGUUGAAGUUUGACAGGUCGUGUAUCCAUAUUGUGUGUAUAAAUAACUGACCCAGCACCAUUCUUUUAGAUGUUGCUGUUGCCUAUACUUCAUCAUGUGCUGAAAGUAGAUUCAGCAUAGAUCACAGUACAGUAUUAAUAACUGAAGAUCACCUCUGCCAGGGGUGCUUAUGCCAUGGGUUGCAGACUUGAGGGCUGGAUGCAUGAUGAUGAGGAAGUUUGAGAGUACCCAGUCCUUGUGCAUUUAUCUUCUAAAAUGGAGUGAAUUCUUUCAACCUUGUUUUUGUAUUUGUUCUGCGUCUUAUAUUUGUUAUGGAAAAUCAUUUUGAAUGCUGAAAGCUUCUAUGUCCUCACAGGACAAGAAGUCCAAGUGAUAAUGUUCGAUGGGUUUUCCCCUCGGUAACGUGUCUUAAGUGGCUAUAGUGUGAUUUUACCUCGAAGAUGGUCCCAGAGAGGAUGGUGGUGUAUUUGAUAUUUGUGAGAAAAAUCUCAUAUUUUGUACAUUGCAAGUUUUUUUAUCUCUUUAGCUUUUAAUAUAGCUUCUUAUCCCACUAGUCAAUAUAGCUUGAAAGACAAAAGCACAUUAAUUGCAACUUGUGCAGCUUUUAUAAAUAUGUUAAAUUUUAAGUAUGAUUUUUUGCAUUGAGUCAGUGUGAGUUGAGUGCAAGAUGUUUGUUACCUUAUAUUUUAUUAUAUUUUAUCUUGGUUACUUUAUAUAUUUUUGUUGUCAGAUUCAAGAUUUUGUCAUCAUACUGCAUAAAGAUGAUUAUCAAAGUAUUUACAGCUUGAUAUUUAAGAUUUCAACAUACUACUGCUGUGAAUUGUAAUUUGCAUGCAGUGUUAGUGAAGUCAUGUAAAGUGUGCAUAAAAGUCAUGUAAAGAAAUGUUCUGUUUGUAGGUAAGGCAAGAUCAGUGAUGAUUAAUCAAGAAUUUAGGUGUUUUAUCAAUUUAUGAGAGAAGCCUUUUAUAGGUUUUUUGUUUGUGUAAUGAACAACGAAGAAGGAAUCUGCUACCGUGCAAGAGGAGAACUAGUUAAAAAGGAAAUGCUUUAUUGCAAAGCAGCAGAAUCUUCAUGUACCUCAUUUCAUUUUUGUAUGAAUUAUUUAGAGGAGUGUAAUUUGUAGCAAUUUACUAUUAUUGUAAUGUAUUAUAAAAAUCAUAUUAGAAAUUCCAAGGAAUUGUUGCUCUUGUAUGGCAUUUAUAAGUGGUGAAAACCUUUCAUAUUUGUUUUUCUUUUUUUUCGUAAUUGAAUGUGUAUACAUAAUUUCAUUGCAAUUGGUUUAUGUAUUUGGGUUGCUGUUGAUGUACAGAUUUUUAGUUAUGAAUUUGUUUUUCGUUUAGUUAUAUGAUCAAGAUUUUUUUUCCAAAAUUAUAAUCUCAUUGUUAAUUUUUCUAAAUUUGUGUAAGUUUCUCUCAGCCUGUGUGUGCUGUAUGUUUGUAAGUGCUAGUCAUAAGCCCUGACACUGACACUGGACUCUGCAGUGCUGCAAGCAGCCCACAUAAAGAGCAUCAGGUUCCAGCCUUUCACACAAUUUAAUUGUACUGUGUAGCCUGCCACAGUUAGUCCCUGCUUUGCCUGUUAUUACCAAAGAUUCUUGGCUUCUCGAUUCUUCAAAGGUGUGCUUUUAGGAGAAUAUUUCUUUUAUCUGAUGAAAUUUCAUAACUGCUGUUCUAAGUGGUUUAUGAUUCAACAACCUUUUGAAUAACUGAUGUUCUACAGAGAUAAUAAUAAUAAUAAUUUUGAAAGCAAAUCCGUACGAAUCCAUUUGAUCUCAGUACUGGGUUUUGUUAUUUACAUUUUCUUUCUGAUUUGCUAAAUGGCCUCUGUGUAUAUUGACAUAUUAUUUGUAGAUUUCUUCAAAUUGUUUGGGUUGUAAAUUUCCAGUCAUAGCCAAAUUACAGCUGUGCAGUUGUUAAGAUGCUUCUUGUUAGUGAAUCUGAGUGUGAGGGGAAUAAGCAUGUAUAUAGAACUUCAGAAGGAUACCUUGUUCAAAGUUUAAUUGUGUUUAUAGUAAACAGACCAGUCUUUCUGAAAUAGUUCUGAGGGGUUUUAGUAAAUAGUUAUGAGAUACAGGGCAUGAAAAAGUGGUCAUCAGAUCAAGUGGAGCAAUAGUCUUACCUUGAUGUAGGGAGGUGUUUGUAUUCAAUUUGCCGCAUAUCAGGGCAUAAAAAAAGAAACACAAGAAUGGAGCAUGAAUGGUAGUCCUUUCAGAUGGUAAUAUUUAGUAAACCAAGAUGCUGAGGGUCUCAGGUCUUACCAUGUGUGAUAGGUAAUUAUGAAUGGUAGAAAUUUUUUACAAUAAUUUUAUGUAUUGCACAACAUUGUCAUCAUAUUUGAUCAUUGCUUCAUUUCAUAAAUGGUGGUAAUUAGUUAUGACAGGAAAAUGCUUUGUUUAUGCUAGUUUGGAAAUUGUGGUUUAGUUCAUUUUGAGACCAAACCACUAGAUUAAAAUCUUAACUUUCAUAAAGCUGGCCUGAAUUUUGUCUUCAAUAGUAGAAAAAAAAAAAGACUUUUUAAAUAAAUGCUUGUUCUUCAAAAAUUUAAUCAUAUUUUCCAGUUAAAUUUGUGAAGUAAAAUUGAAAUAAUUAUAGUUAGAAAUAAACAUUGAUAUUAUUCAGGUACCUAUCAAUCAAUGCCACUGAAUUUUGACAGUGGACUAUAAUUCUUUAGUGUUAUAUAUACUUUUGAAGUACCAGGUAGAUAAUGCUUAAUUUGUCAUUUAGGAAAGUAUCCAUGAAGCAUAUCAUUCAAGGGAAUUGCUGUACUGUAGAACAUGCCUUUUUGUUCCUUACUUUAAAGGCAUUUUUUACUCUCAUAGGACAGUCCUUAACAAGGAAGCUGAUUUCUAAUGGUUUAGAAUUAUGAGAAAUUUCAACUGGCUGGAUUUUUUAAGUGGCAUCAUCAUACUUAAAUUGUUCAAGUUCCCUGUGUUUGGUUUUUAUGAUUCAUAAGUGAUUUUUUUUUUCAUAGAAAAAUUAUACUUAUGGAACAGUCUCCUCAAUUUCAUCAGUGUUGAUAAUUGAAUUAAAAGUGCAGUAGUUUUAUUGGAGCACUGUAAUCCUUUUCAGUGCCAUUGAAGCUGUAAUACAUAUGUGUAUUUUCAUACAUAAUUGUUUCAGAGGAAGUUUUCAAGCAUUUCAUAUAUUUAAGGAGUUGCCUUUAGCAUCCUACUUUCACUUGAAGCAUAUAACAACUGCACAAAGUAAAGAUUGGAUGCACAUGUGCUUCAUUAUUUCCUUUCGUGAUUGUUAUGGACACCCUGAAUUUUUUAAAAGUUCAGGUUAUUAUUGCUGUCAUCGGUGCUCCCUUUUCCUUAAAAAAUAAGUAGGUCUAGAAUAGUAAUAGAGCUUUCUACAUGUCAAACAGAGGCCAGAAUUGGAAACAUACUAAAGCAGUUAUGCAGGGACAGGGUAUGAGCAAAUCUUUUUUUUAAGGAAGAAGGACUUUUUCAGAACCUAUUUUUGUUGUGUGAAGCAAAUGUCUAAAUUGUAUAAAAAUGUAUUGCCUAAUUUUCUAAAAAGGAUAUUGCAACUUUUGUGCAAAAUCAUAAGUUGAAUUUCUCUUUUUAAAGGACAGAACUUCUGAGAAUUGUUUGCAGUAAAAUGCAAUAUCAAAGUAUGUUCUUACAAAGGGGAUACAUUCCAUGGUUUGAUACAUUAAAUACUAAGUGCUUGUAUAAUUUGAUCAUUUGUUUACAGAAUCAUCUGUAUUCAAAUUAGUUUCUGGAUUCUUAUCCCUCUGCCUUAGGUUUGCUUGAAUGUGUCCCUGUAAUGUAUACAGCUGAUAGAUUGAUUUGCAGAACUGUAUCACUGUUUCUGUGCAGUCCGUGUUUGUGCUCCAGAUGUAACACCAUCUUUAUCACAACCUGUUGUAAAAUUUUGAUUAUGUAUUGCUAGCAGGUCUAGUUAAGCCUCUAUGAAUGAUAGCAUGAAUGCUUUUGAUAUCUGAUUUGACGUACAAGUCUGGUGCACAAGAAAUACUCUCCCUGCUAGUAAUGGUUGUGGUAAACUUUGGUGUUAGUAUACUUUAAUGAAUUUGUCACAAAGUUGGUUAAGUUGGCGGCUAUUUAUUAAUGGACUGAGCAGCUCAGUGGCAGAAUGUCCAUGAAAUGAAAAUGCUCAGUGUUGCCACUCAUUUAUACUUAUGUUUGUACAAAAUGUAAUUACAUUAAAUAAAAUUUUUACAAAA